UUGACUGACGUAUGCCAGUUGACAGACUCUCAGGUGAUGCUGUAAAUAUGGAGAGGGGAAUAACGUUACAUCUCUGGACACACUUUACUUCUAAAUCGGAAAAAAAUGAAAACAAAGUUCAGUAAAGGACUGAGAGAUGACGUGGGGAGAAGAGGCAGCUGAACUCGCACCACCCUGCUGUUAAAGCCCCCCAUAUGUCCACUGAAGUUUAGUACUCGUUUGUUAACGAUAGAGGCGAGUGUGUUCAGUGUGGUCAGACCGAGUCUGGUGUCCAGCCUUGGUAACUCUCAGGCUGCUAAGUCCGGUUGAGCCUGACAUCUGUAAAUAUCCCACUGUGUCACAUUUUACGGCGCUACAUGUCUUUAAAAAGGCGGCUGCUAACAAGUAGCUAAAAGAGACUACAGAGGUUGUCAGGGACAUUAAAUGUCAGUACACCAAACACGGGAGACCCGUAUCUGCAGGAGUGUGCAUGUGUCUGCAGUCUCUGCUCUGAACUCAACGGGGGAUUCGUUGAUUGCAGCAGAAAGUCGUGCCACAGAAAAAUGUUUUUAACACAACAGGGACAACAGAGAAACACAGUUAUCAAGACAUGGGUGGAGGUUUCACUUCCUCCUGAUCCAACCAGACCUGAAGCCGACAAAAAUCUGCAGUCCUGCAGGAGAGGUCCGAGGCAGAAGGGGGGAUGACAUGCAUGUGUCCGGCCUGCUAACAUCGCUGACGACUCGCACACUAACCGACUGCCCGCCCUCACAACAUGACGGACGUUCUGUACACAGGUCCGGUCCCGGCCGAGCGAGGGGGCGAGCUGGCCAUGGGGGGAGGUCGCAGCGAGACCUCUGCACUGAGCGGGACGGGAGGAGGGCGCGGCAUGACCACUACCCAGAAUUCCCAACGGCCCAACGCCUGCUGCUUCUGCUGGUGCUGCUGUUGCAGCUGCUCAUGUCUCACCUUCAGGAAUGAAGAGGAGAGACGGAGGCGGAGCCGGAGGAAGAGAAUAUCACAGGACACCAAGAUGGAAACCAUACCAAACUGUGAAGCUUGCACCAAACCCUCGAUGGAAGAGAUUCGGCUGUGGUCUCAGUCCUUCGACAAGCUGAUGAAGAACCCGGCGGGUCGAAAUGUGUUUCGGGAGUUCCUGCGGACGGAGUACAGCGAGGAGAACAUGCUGUUCUGGCUGGCCUGCGAAGACCUCAAAAAGGAAAUCAACAAGAACGCCAUUGAGGAGAAAGCGCGCUCCAUCUAUGAGGAUUACAUUUCCAUAUUGUCGCCAAAAGAGGUGAGUCUGGAUGCCCGGGUUCGAGAGGUGAUCAACAGGAAGAUGCAGGACCCGACGCCUCACUCGUUUGAAGACGCCCAGCUACAGAUCUACACGCUGAUGCACAGGGACUCCUACCCAAGAUUCCUCUCCUCCAACAUCUACAAGUCGCUGGUUCACGGCGGCUCGCGUACCUCCUCCGAGUCCUAGUCCCAGACCCAGUCCCACACCUCCUCCUCUGAUCCUGCACUCACAGGACUGAUGCCAGACCAUUUCAUCGCCUCCCUCACAUGCUCCUCCUCCUCCUCCCAGGACAGAACUGAAAAAGAAAUCAUCAGACUCUUCCUCCUGAAUCCCAAAUCUCUCCGAUUACUGCCAAGACUUUCUUCUCUCUCUUUAAUUCCCCCCCAUAUUUUAAACCUUCGGUUCUGCUGCCAACACCUCCUCUCUCCUCGUUUCCUCUUCUUGUCGCCGCUCUCCAGUUGAAUCUCCUCUGCGUCGAUCCCGCCAGAGUCUCUUUGUUCUCAUUAAAUCUCCCUCUCUUGCUUUCCUCUCUUCUCUUUUUCUCUUGAGAUGUUACGUACAGUUAACAACACCAAACAGUAUCAGGUGAAUUUGUCCUGCAGUUGUUGUGACGAGUAAACAAAGAAUUACUUUUUUUCCAGCCAUAAAUCCAUUUUAAAAGGUUAUUUUGUGAGAAUGGAAAAGCCUCUGAAACAGCAGUGAGACCAUCAGCAGGUGUACAACUUAAAGAUGGUCGAGUUCGUCCACGAGCCAAUAACUGAGUUCAGUCCAUUCAUCAAGAGGAUCUUACUUACAAGCUUCUUCUAGAGCUUUCAGUCUCGUCUCACAGUCGUCCUCAGGAAUUUGAACGGUGUGCGGGAGGAUGUGGUUCAAACGGCCAGAAAAAUCUGAGUGAACGCACCUCGAGUGAGAUCAUAACCAGAACAUUAUCAGAUUUUUGCCACUGAUAACGAUAUCGAUAAAUAACACAAACACAUAUUUCUGAUUAGGGUCCCUUCAGAUUGGUUUCUGAAUGAAUUGUUGCCAAGAAUUCAACAUUUGUACUCAAAUUCUUUUCUUGAUUAUUGCGACUUUUAAACGCUGAUACUCGUAUAUUAGCAGCGGCCAUCUGACGUUUUACAGUUUAAUAAAUUAUCACGUGCUUCUAUUUUCCUACCAUGCAGGUGCGUCAGUUAGAUUUUCAGCGACAAACACGUCGUGUUUUUCAUUUCUCUUUUCUUCUGUCCUCAUAUUCAAUCUUCUGUCUCUUCUCCUCCUUCGUCUCUGUUCUUUUUUUUUCGUCUCACCGUCGGAGAGGGAAGCGAUCUGGACGUGGAAGUAUUUCUUUGGGAUAUCGUUUAGUGUUACGUGGAGAUGCACAUGAUUACUUGGGAGAUUUGAAUGCGUUGCAGUGGGAGACACACGCCCGUGCCAUGGAUUCUAAGUGGAUUUUUAAUUUUUAAUUUUUAAUUUUUUUUUUUUACCAGUUUGCUCCUCCCCUCAUGACCAUACAAUCACCUUUAAGAGCCAAUUUAAAGGGGGCGUCCCUGACCUCCGCCCGCCUCAUCACCUUGUUUUUCAUCCUGCUGUUUUCUACGUCUGAACUGACCGAGAGGAAAAAAGACAAACACCGUCUGAUUCCCUCUCUCUCCUUUUCUUUUUCUUUCUUUCAACUGGAAAACACAGGGUGCUCCCUCCAUCCCCGCCGACAAACAAAAAGAAAAGUUUGUCUCCUUUUCCCGUCGUUUAUUUAUCCCCUCUCGAUUUGCUGGAUCAAUCAUUUCACUCCUGUGAUAAACAAACGGACGAAUGGAUGGAUGUCACUUCCUUCCAACUACUGAUUUACAAAACAGACAAGACGUCUAUUUUUUAAGAGAAAACUAUACGGAACAUUUUAACUAUGUUGACUUUUUUUUUUGUUCUUUUGUUUUGUUUAUUUGGUUUCUCCCUCUCUCCCGCCUUCCUGGAUUGUUUUUCUUUUUUUUUUUCUUUUUGCAAGAAGAGGAAGAUUUCCUCUGAGACUGUACUGAUCUCCACCCAACGCAACACCACAGACGCCACAGACAGGUGCAAUAAAUCACUGGAGUUUGGAAAAACAACACACACAAACACACACACAUGCACAACAUUUGUGUUACUGUACUUCAUGGGCUCUUUCUCUCCUUCGCAUCUGAACUAUAAACCAUCUGAGAAAUGACACGGUCUGCCAAACUAAAAGUUAUCUACACCUCAGGUUCUGUUUGCAGUAUUUCUGAAUUGUAUCUGUUGUGAAACAUUUUUAAUUUUUUCACUCGAGUAUUUAAAGAUGAGAUAAACCUCUCCGAUACAUAAUCAUAAAAAAAUGUACCUACCUAACGAAAGUUAGUCGCCUCCACAGAUUUUCUAAAUGAUAGAAAUUUCUUAAUCAUAUGAAGAACAACACACCAUUUAUAUAUGAACCUUUUGAUGUACAGUAUUUAUGUGACAAGUUUUCUUCUUCUAAUAAUAAUUAAUUUAGAGUUUAAACAAUUAUUUGACUCAUUAUUUGGUUGAUUGACAGUUUCUCAAACAUGAAGAUUUUAUGCUUUAUGGAGAUUUAUGUCACUUUCAACUGAAAUUAUUUUUCCUUUUCAUGACUAAACAAUCCAAAAAGAACUUGCAGUUUAAAUCGACUGUAAAAAAAUAUUUUAGUUGCAGCCCUAAAUCAUAGACUGAGUCUAACUGUUGACCUGAAACAUCAGAUCUUAACUCUAAAAUUCUUUUUAGUGAUAAAGGAAGAACUUUUAAGUGUCUAAAAAAACAGGUAUGGCAGCCUCACAUCAACAACAUCUGGUGUUCACGAUAAUUCAGCCUCAGUUGAAUCCUCUCCAGCAGACGUCCUGGAGGGUCCCGUAUGAAAUCAGUCAGGGGUCACCAGAGUGUAAAACUGGCAACUUCAGUUUUCUUCUGUCAGGAAGCAAAGAAGAUAAAACGACCCUCCGCGUUCCCUAAAGAUCCUCAAGUUUUAAAUCAAGAAGUCAGAAGUCCUCAGAAGUAUAGUAACACAAAUAAUCUCUCUCUCUCUCACACACACACACACACACACACACACACACACACACACACCAGGGUGGCCUACCUGGGCACUGCUGCUGCUGACCUCUGCCUCUGUGACCUCUCACCUUUGACCUCACCACUGUCUGUCGCCCACUCGGACGCCUGCUCCUGAUUGGCUGCAGGAGGCCGCAGGGCUGAACUGUGGUUGGUCGAUUCAGGAAGAGGGGUGGGAGGAAAUCCCAGGUGCAAAAAAAAUAUAUAUAGAUAUAUUAAUGAGAAAACUAAUUAAAAAAAAAUACAUAUAUAGAAGAAAAAAGAUAUUAUGUGAGAUGGGAUGCUUACACCCAGUGCUUCAUGGGAAAUGUAGUUUGAGGAAAACAAAUGUUUGUAGUUGUCUGCGGAGGCAGAAACAACAGGUUUUAAAAAAAAAAGAUGCCUCGGUCUUCAGACUGGUCACUCAGAAUGCAUUUAUCUUAGUAUUGUUAAUGUUAUUUAUUUUAUAUUUUGUUAAAACUGUGAUUUUAAUUGUACAUAUAUAAACGGAAACCCUUGAACAUCCAGUGA